AUGGGAGGUGUUAAGAAAACAACGAAAAAUUCUGUUGCCAAACCUGACCAAGAUGAGGGACCAAUGUCAGGAACAAACCCAUCAUCUCGCAACACAUCAAGGUCUUCUAGUGUAUCCACUUUGCCUCGACAGCGGAAGGCAUCCGCUGUGUCGCAGAAUUCCUCCUUAGCAUCCUCAACAUCGUCUUCCAUGACGGGAGGUGCUGCCUCCAUGAGCAUUAGUAAUGCACAAUCUGGUGGAGUUCGUCCCAUUGACAUCGUAGUGGCACUAUUUGACUUCAAUUACCCACUAAAGAAGAGUAAUCAACAUUUAUCAUUCCAACAAGGAGAUACCAUAUAUGUUUUAAAUAAAAAUAAUUCAGGAUGGUGGGAUGGGUUAACCAUUAAUGAUAACAACAACACUAAUAUAAAUAGAGGCUGGUUUCCUCAAACAUAUACUCGCCCUUUAAAGGAGAGUUCAUCAUAUAAUUAUUUCCAUAGGAAAUUUGGCUCCUUUUCGAAUAAGAGUUCAAGGCGAGGUAGUGCUGCAUUAAAUGUCAUUUCUGAUGAUCCAUCUAAUACUAAUGCAAACAGUAAUAAUGAUAGCACUUUUUUGAAUUUACCAACAACGUAUGUGGCUGGAAAUAAGAGUAAAAGUAGACGAAGUUCCAGGCACACAUCAUUUGCAUCCCUUCCACCCACAUUUAAUGAAAACAGUAACGAAACGGCAACGACGACAACACCAAGCAAAAAAAAUAGUGGUGAUAAUUAUAUACCAGUAGAUCCCUUGCAAGUACCAUCUAAUGAACAAUCAAAUAGGCAAAGCAAAAAUGGGUCCACAAAUAAUAAGAUUACCGUUUUAUCUCUCGAGGAGGUACAAAUGAUAGUCACUUCCAUUCGUUCAAAAUCUGCAUUUACAUGGACUCCCGUCCCAACAUUAUCGAAUGAUGGUAACGAUGUAAAAUUACUUUAUUAUAAUAAGAAAUUGGAUAUUUAUUGUUCAGAAUUACCCAUGUGUCAAACUAAUGAGUUAGAUUUGAAAUCUAAGAAAAAUAAUAACAAUGGACAUAAGGAAAGCUUGAAAUUCCCACAGGAUGAUCAUCUAGUAGAUUUGACCCCCCGGGAUUUAUCCAACGUGGAAACCAUAUACAAAUCGAAAAAUUCCGGUGAUAAUCAUAAGAACAGCAAGAGAAAUCAGAAGAUUGCUGAAAGUAAGGAUAAUAAAGACAGAGAGGAAAGUAUCACAUCAAAGGAUACCACAAUAUCGACUUCCAAUUCACAACAGAAACUGUCGUCACAGGCAAAUUUAGAAGUUAUGUCACAACAACCUUUACAUUUGCCCCAUCGUGCCAUUCUUUCGAAAUCAGAUUUGUUUUAUCAGCAUUCGAGAGAUAUUAAAUUGUGGUCAGAGUUACAAGAUUUAACCAUACAUUAUACCAAGAUGACACAUGAUAUGUUUAUUAGCAACGAUCGUUUCAAUUUUAUUAGAUCUUUCAAUUGGAUGUCAAAUUUAAUAGUAUUCACACAAUUAUCCUGUAGACUGACGCAACAACAAAUAAAGGCCAAGAAUUAUAAUAAAGAUGUAAAGAAAAUUUUGAAAAAUUUAAUUUCAUCCUUAUCCAAAAUCAGCAUAACAUCAAGGAUUUAUUUCGAUUCUAUUGGGAGUUCUUUAAUAUUGAGUACAGACGACAAUAGGGCGACUCAAUCAAUUCCAAACAUGAAUUCAAAUUUGAAUACUCCCACAACAGAAAAUGGUGACGAUGACGAUGAAGAAGAUUUAUCUGUUGGUAAUUCUCCCAAAACGAAAACAUUUAUCGGUAGUACUAAUAACAAUUCAAAGAGGAACAUCAGUACGAGUACAAAUGAAACGUUGACGGCAGCUAGAACUAGAGGUUCUAUCAUGGAUAUUGAUAACUCUUUCUUAUUUGAUACAAACAAGCGUUUUGCAAAUGUGACCACGCCGAGAACAUCUGUUCCCAAUGAAACAACGGAUCCUUCAUUAAAUGCGACACCAACGACAUCCACUAGGGAUCCCAGACAUAUGGUUAAAUCAAUUUUUGAAAUCAUAGAUCAUGAAUUUCUCAAAUUUUAUAAAAAUGUCCAAACUUUGCAUCACCUUUUACAAACCUCGGUGUUAGCUAAUGAUUCUCUUAUUUUACCGCAAAUAUUACCGAGGUUUUUCAAAGGUUCAUUUAGUGGUGGUUCGUGGUCAAACCCUUUUUCACCAUUUAUUUAUGCUUCUAAAUUUGGAACCGGUAAUACAACUAAUUCAAACAGUAGUGAAUCAUUUCUCCGUCGUUCUACAACCUCUUCGAUAUCAGGAUUGCCCCCAAAGAUGGCUGAUGCAAUCGCAUUAGCAUCAGGUCAUAGUGUUAAUAGUAUGAGUGAGUUAUCUCCUGAGCAAAGUUCCACUGGAGCAUCCUCUACGAUUCCAAGAGGUGCUGGUGGUUUAUCAUCUACAUUAAGUGCCAUAAUGCAUUCAUCUGCAACAAACUCUACAUUUUUCAAUAGGCCUUCACAUGAUAGGACCUUUUCUAGAUCCAGAGUCUCAAAGAGGAAAUCCAAUUAUCCAUUGAAUUAUGGAACUCUAAAUGCAAUGAAGAAAGUCUCUGGAGAAAUAUAUGAAAAGUUUAAUGGUGCUAGUGGAGACGAAUUGCAGAAGAUGACAGGGCCUAUGACUAAAGCUCGUAACUUGGAAUUAAAUUCGAAGACAUAUGAACAGAUUAAUCAAAAUAUUAUCCUUAUGGAAAUUUUGGAAAGCUUAGAUUUGACUAUUUUCAUCAAUUUGAAACGAUUAAUAAAGAAUCCACCUGAUAUAUUGGAUUUAGAAAGUGAAGAAUUCUUGAAGCAUGCCAUGUCUUCAAUCUCUACAGUCUUGACAGAAUUUUUUGAUGUGAAACAGGCAUUCCAUGACGUUGUCAUUAGAUUAAUCAUGUCUACACAACAAACAACCUUGCAAGAUCCAUAUGUUUUCUCUUCUAUGAAAUCGAACUAUAAAAUCGGUUGUUAUGAACCUAUUUCCUUAAUGGGCGCCAGUUCAGAACAUGGUAAUACUAAGCAAAUAACUAAGAAAAAUGAAAAAGUUGCAAAUGACCUUUACAAAACAUUGCUGGAUCAAGAUGUAGAGGUUAACAAAGAACAAUUUCUAAGUAUUACUGAUGAUUUCAAGGAUGCGUGUGAGAAAUAUGUGGAGAUAGCUAAUAUAUCAUGUAUUAUCGUCGAACAAUUGAUCGAGGAAAGGGAGAAUUUAUUAAAUUAUGCUGCUAGAAUGAUGAAGAAUGAUUUGACGACAGAAUUAUUAAGAGGUGAACAAGAAAGGUGGUUUGAUUAUUCUUCAGACUAUAACUCAGAAGAUGAAUUGGAUAAUGAUAUGAAUGAUGUUGCAGUGGAGGAUGAUUAUCUAGACGAAAUUGAAAGCAAUGCUGUCGCAGACGAAGAUAGUGAUCAACCAUCCACCAAGGACUCUGAUGCCGCAAGUGAUGAUACUCCUUGGUUCUUGCAAUCCGAAUAUGAAUCCAAUUUAGUUUAUGAUUUAAGAGGUAGAAUUAGAGGUGGUACAAAGGAGGCGUUAAUUGAGCAUUUAACCAGUCAUAAAUUGAUUGAUCCGGCAUUUAGUGUUGUUAUGUUAAUCACCUUUAGAAGUAUAAUGACGACGAAGGAAUUUUUUUAUGCAUUAAUUUACAGGUAUAAUCUUUCACCACCGGAAGGGUUAAGUUUUGAUGAAUACAACAUAUGGGUGGAGAAGAAACUAACACCCAUUAAAUGCCGAGUGGUUACCAUUAUGAAUACUUUCUUACAACAAUACUGGACACCUAAUUAUCACGAAUCUGGAUUAUCAGCACUAUCCAAUUUUGCUAAUUUUGCCAUUAGUGAAAACAUUUCUGGUGCAGAAAAUUUGUUACAAAAUAUCAAUGAAAAUAUUCUUAAUAUGUCGGAUGAAGAUAAAUCAGAUAGUGAAAAGAAUGAAUUCACAUCUCCUCAUACGUCAUUUUCCGUGGACUCUUCCACUACCAUGACAUCUAAUGACAAAUCCGCAAUUAGUGCGGUAAAGACUUUAUCACUUUCAUCCGCGUUGAAUCCAACAGCUAAUUUAUUAAAAUCAUCACAUUCCAAAUUACUUGAUAUUGAUCCGUACGUUUAUGCUCAACAAUUAACCAUUAGAGAACAUGAACUUUAUUUGGAGAUCACAAUGUUUGAAUGUCUUGAUAGAGCAUGGGGGUCUAAGUAUUGUAAUAUGGGCGGUUCAAGAAACAUUUCUAAAUUUAUUAUGAAUGCAAACUCUUUAACGAACUUUGUAUCAUAUACCAUUGUUAGACACAUGGAUGUGAAGAAACGUUCCAAAUUGAUCCAAUAUUUCAUUACCGUUGCGGAGCAUUGUAAAGAUUUGAAUAAUUUCUCGUCGAUGACAGCUAUUGUCUCAGCAUUAUAUUCUUCACCAAUCUUUAGAUUGAAGAAAACUUGGUCCAAGAUACCAGUUGAAAUCAAGAAAAGUUUAAAGAAAUUGAACAGUUUAAUGGAUUCCAAGAGAAAUUUUAUUAAGUAUCGUGAAUCUUUGAAAUUAGUAAAGGAUGUUCCGUGUAUCCCAUUUUUUGGUAUUUAUUUGUCUGACCUAACCUUUACAUUUGUGGGUAACCCCGAGUUUCUUCAUGGUACGACAGAUAUUAUAAAUUUCAGCAAGAGAUCAAGAAUAGUGGAUAUCAUUGAAGAUAUUUUAAGCUUCAAAAGAUUUCAUUAUAAAUUGAAACGUUUGGAUGACCUUGAAGGUAUGAUUCAAGAUUCUUUAGAAAGUAUGCCUCACAUUGAGAAGCAAUAUCAAUUAUCAUUGAAAGCUGAGCCAAGAUUAGAAAGUACAAAUAGUGCGAUGAAUUCAAGCAAUGACAUCUUAAGCGAUACGACAGAUGAAGAGGGUAACAUGGAAGGUAUAAAUCAAAAUGAACAUUUCCAUCACCAUCACCACCAUCACCACCAUCGCCCAUCCAAUGAAGCCUCGGAGGAUGGGGGCCACAUUCUUAAAUUUGGCAAGAAUAAACAAUCCGCUAAAUUAUUUGGCUAA